CAAUGGAAUCACAAUUACCACCUCUCCAUACUGGUUCUUCGGUGGUGAGCGUUCAAGAGCUCAUCAAAGAAACCAUGAAUGCUGUUCCAGAGAGGUAUGUUCGUCGCGACCAAGAACCACGAAUCCUCUCUGAUAAUGGAACUACUCCAACGCCAGUUGUUCCAGUCAUUGACUUGGGCAAAUUGUCCUCGGACCAAAUUGCGGGUGAUCAGGAAUUGCAGAAAUUGCACGAGGCUUGCAAAGACUUGGGUCUCUUUCAGCUGGUUAACCACGGGAUGGGUCCUUCUUUGUUGGAGGAUCUAAGACAUGAAAUCGAAGAAUUUUUCAAGCUUCCCUUGUCAGAGAAAACGAAAUUCAAAAUAAGGUUAGGAGAGGUUGAAGGUUACGGGAAUGUUGCAGGAUCGGAAGGAAAGCUUGAUUGGGGUGAUAGGUUCUUCAUGAUAGUCAACCCCGUCGCCAAAAGGAAAUCUCAUCUAUUUCCAGAGCUCCCUUUAUCACUCAGAUAUACCUUAGACUCUUACAUUAAGGAGACACAAAAGCUGGCCAUGCAGCUACUUCACUUGAUUUCAAAAUGUUUAGAUAUCGAAAUAAAUGAGAUGAAAGAGUUAUUUGAGGACGGCUUUCAAACUAUGAGGAUGACGUACUAUCCUCCGUGCCCACAGCCGGAGCUUGUUGUCGGGCUAACACCACACUCUGAUGCUACCGGCAUCACCAUCCUCCACCAAAUCAAUGGUGUCAAUGGCUUCCAAAUUAAGAAGGAUGGAGUUUGGACACCUAUUCACAUUGUACCACAUGCAUUUGUAGUGAAUGUGGGAGAUGUCAUGGAGAUUCUUAGCAAUGGUCUUUACAAUAGCAUCGAGCAUAGAGCCAUGGUGGAUUCGACAAGAGAAAGGAUCUCAAUUGCUAUGUUCUUCAACCCUAAGCUAGACUCGGAAAUUAGCCCAAUCCAAUCUCUGACAACGAAGGAGAGUCCAUUGUUGUUUAGAAGGAUAAAGACGGAGAAAUAUAUCAAAGAUUUUUUUUCCCAGAAGCUUAAUGGAAAGUCAUAUUUAGAGAAGAUGAAGCUUCAACCACAGAAGGCUGUUGCAUCUAAAGGGGAAUGAAUGAGAAACAUUUUGGAAG